AUGGCUCCUCGAGGAAGUCGCCGUUCAAGGGCGUCCGACUCUGAUGUCGAGGAGUCUCGGCCCAACACGCCCGCCUCAACUGCACCGAACGACAAGAAACGCAUCCGAAGGAGUGCCAAACUCGACGAUGAGAGUGACAACACGGUCGAUUCCUCUUCCUCCUCGUCGCCGGAGAGGAUGCCUCGAUCAGUCAACACGAGACUGCCGGUGCGCAAACCUCAGGUCGCCGCCGGCCCCAGUAACGACAACGUCGAGAUACGGUCAGGUCAUCAGCCUGGUGCUAUCGUUCGUGUGAAAUUGACCAACUUCGUCACGUACACUUCUGCAGAGUUCUUCCCUGGACCGAGUCUGAACAUGGUUAUUGGUCCAAACGGCACUGGAAAGAGUACGCUUGUCUGCGCUAUAUGUCUUGGGCUAGGGUGGCCACCUAAGCACCUUGGACGUGCAAAGGAACCUGCCGAGUUCGUGAAGCACGGCUGCCGCGAGGCUACCAUGGAGAUUGAACUACAGCGCAAACCCUCGAUGCGGAAGAACCCUGUCAUCACAAGGGUGAUUAAAAGAGAGGGAAACCAGUCUACAUACCUCAUCAACGGCAAACAGUCGUCGGGCAGAGAAGUCCAGGUCUUGGCGAACAGCUUCAAUAUCCAGAUAGACAACCUGUGUCAAUUCUUGCCCCAAGACAAGGUUGUGGAGUUCGCCAUGAUGACGCCCGUGGAUCUCCUUGUCAGCACCCAACGCGCUGUCGCCGGACCCGAGAUGACCAAUCUACACGAGGAAUUGAAGCGGUUACGCAAAGACCAAAGCAAGGUCAUGAAGAACGUCAAAGACGCCCGAGCUCAACUCGCGCAUCUGGAGAGUAGACAAGAGGGACAACGGCCCGAGGUGGAGCGAUUGAGGGAAAGAGCCAAGGUGAAGUUGAGAUUGGAGAGAUUGGAACAGUCUCGUGCAAUCCUUCGGUACCAAGCAGCCAAGACAUUAUCUCAGGAAGCCAAAGAACGCGCCCAGACCAUCAGCCAAGAGCUAAAGCAUCUGAAGGCCGCGUCUGCGCCAGCGCUGGCGAAAGUUCGCUCAAAGGCGGAGUACGAGGCGCGGGCGCGGGCGUUCAAAACCAAGUGUGAGAAAGAGUUGACGAAUAUUCUAAAGACAUGCGACAAUAAGACCAAAGAAAUCAUGAAACUUGAUGAUGAUAUGAAAGAAAAGUCGACCCAGAUAGAAGCAGAGAAGACGGGGGUUAGCAAGAACAAGAACACUAUCGCUCAAGAACAGAACAAACUGCGCGAUCUCAGAAGGAAGAAGACUGAGGCUCCCGAGAACUUCGACGUCACUGGCCUCACGAACGAAAUGCAGGCGUUGAGAGGUCGUGUAGCUGCGGUCCAAGAGAAAAUCAACGAUCUGGAGCCACGCAAGACCGACCUGCGGGAUCGUGGGCUCAGACGAAAAGAAGAUGCGAAAGCUCUUGCCGUCAGACUGGAAACCUUUGGGAGCCACGCCAAUCAACAAGAGGAAAAGCUGAAGGGGCUGUCAGAGGCUACGUGGAAAGCUUGGGAUUGGAUUCAGAAGAAUCAAGAUCAAUUCACUCAACAUGUCUACGGCCCGCCGAUCGUGGAAUGCUCGCUCAAGGACCCACACAUGGCUGACGCCAUUGAAUCGAUCUUCCAGCAGACUGACUUCAAGUUCAUCACUGCCCAAAAUACCGCCGACUUCCAACUCCUCCAGAAGAAGUUAGUCGGAUCAACAGCCGAUGGAGGGCUGGGCCUCCACGAUGUCAGCCUCCGUGAACGCAGCGAUUGCAGCAUGGAUCAGUUUCGUCCACCGGUGUCACCCGAACAGAUGCAAGACCUUGGGCUGAGCGGCUGGGCGCUUGAUUGUCUGCAAGGCCCUGUCGCGGUUCUCGCCCAACUCUGCGUUGAAAAAGGCUUGCAUCGCUGCGGUAUAAGCUCUAGAGAGCCUACUCAACAGCAACAUGACGAGAUUGGAAAGACAGAUAUCCAGAGUUAUGUCGCGGGGCAAAAGGUCUACCACUUCCUGAGACGUCGGGAAUAUGGAGCUGCAGGCUACUCUGCCCGAGUCCAGGACGUCCGCCGUGCACGAUACUGGACGGACCAGCCAGUUGACAUGGGCCGAAAGGCUGCACUUCAACGAGAUCUUAAUGAAGCCAGAGGUGAGGCUGCGGCGAUCCACGCGGAAUUUGUGGAUGUUACGGAUCAGAUCAAGCAAUUGGAUGGCGAAAAGCGGCAGAUGACGGGCGAGAUGAAUGCCAAGAAGGAGGAGAAAGAGGCAAUCCAGAGCGCACGCGUGGCGUACGACAGACUGGACGUCGAGAUUCAGACCAAAGAAGAGUCCAUCAAGAUGCUGCGCGAGUCCAUACGUGGAGUGGGUGCCCGCAUCAAUGGGAUACAGAAGGAAUUCGACGACUUGCUCGUUGCCAAAACCGAAGCUGUCCUGGCAUUCGCGGCGGCAACGAGAGAGGUCAAGUCCAAAACCGCCGCUCUCUUCGAAGCGGACGUCCUCCUGGUGGAGGCGAUGUCCGAUCACCAGGUUGCAGCAGCUCAGAACAAUGAGGUUGUUCAGGCCAUCCAGCAAAAGGAAGCCGAAAAGAAUACUGCGACUGAGACGUACCGACAACAGCAUGAUCUGGCCUUGAAGUCCAAAAACGAGGCCAUGAUAGUGGCCAACGAGGCGAAACGGCUGGCCAGAGAAGGCGAUGAGAGCUUCAACGAGCUUUUAGGGCACGUGUGUCAGUCUCUCAAUACGCCCGAGAAUCUGGAGGCUGAAAUCGAUGCGGAAAAGGCCAAGCUGGAAUUGACCGAGGGGGGCAAUGCACAGACGAUCGCGGAAUUCGAGCGGCGGGCUCGAGACAUUGAGACUUUACGAGUCCAGGUCCAGGAUGUGAACGAACGUCAGGCGGAGUUCAGACGUCAUAUCAAGGAGGUGCGGGAGAGAUGGGAGCCUCGUCUCGACGAGAUCAUUGCCCAAAUCAACGACGCAUUCUCGGAUUCGUUCGCACGGAUUGGGUGCGCCGGUCAGGUCGCUGUGUACAAGGCGUCAUCCGAUGACCCCGACGAGUGCACAGAGGAAAAUGGGGGUGCGGAGAACGGGCUGGAUUUCGAGAAGUGGUCGAUAGAGAUCAGCGUCAAGUUCCGCGAGUCGGAGCCGCUCAGUCUGUUGGACAGCCAUCGACAGUCCGGCGGUGAGAGGGCAGUCAGCACAAUCUUCUACCUCAUGGCCCUGCAGAGUCUCAGUCGCGCGCCAUUCCGAGUGGUCGACGAGAUCAAUCAGGGCAUGGAUCCGCGGAACGAGCGAAUGGUGCAUGGCAGGAUGGUUGACAUCGCUGCGGACGAUGGAGGCAGCCAGUACUUCCUGAUCACUCCGAAGUUGCUCAGCGGCCUGAAGUACAGACGCGGCAUGACAGUCCUUUGCAUUGUCAGUGGCGAAAACGUGCCCGCCGCCAGAGAGCGCGAUGACGAAGGUGCAUGGCACGAAGGGCCCAAGGUCGACUUCAAACUGUUUGUGGCGAGGGCGAGGGACUUGGGCAUUGGUGCAGCCGCUGGCGCACGGCGCAUCGAUUCUGGCAUGGGCUUCGGCCAGAGCUUUGGGAGUGCCGGCCAGUCUCCUGCAGUUGGAGCAUGA